AUGGUUGCGAUUUUGAAUAAUCAUUCUCUCCCCAUUGCAAUGGCAUUAGCAUUAUCUGUUACCUAUUUGUUGCAUUUCUCUCUAGUACAAGCUGAACAUAAGGGCGGCUUCAGCGUGAAGCUCAUUCACCGCAACUCUCCGUUGUCUCCUUUCUACAAUCCUUCAGAAACACCUUCGCAACGCGUGACAAAUGCUUUGCAACGUUCCAUCAACCGUGUCAAUCUCUUCGGAUCAACUAAUUUGUUACCUUCAUUAAACGAUCCUGAAUCUACAAUAGUAUCAGACAAGGGCGAGUACCUCAUGAAAAUAUCAAUUGGCACUCCUCCCGUAGAAAUCUCAGGAGUUGCAGAUACAGCUAGUGAUCUUACAUGGAUUCAAUGCGUGCCUUGCAGCAGCUGUUACAAGCAAAAAUCUCCGCUCUUUGAUCCGAAGAAUUCCAAUACUUACAAAGUGGUUUCUUGCCCCUCAAGUCAAUGUCAAUCUGUAAGUGGAACCUUUUGCUCAGAAGAUACCUGUCACUACAAAAGGUUCUAUAGGGAUAGAUCCUACAGCAAUGGAAUUGUCUCAACAGAGACGAUCACUUUCAACUCCACUAGCUUAGGUCAAACAGUUUCACUCCCACAGAUUAUAAUUGGUUGUGGGCACAAUAACAGUGGACUUUUUAAUGAAGAUGGAUCAGGCGUGAUUGGACUUGGACGUGGAUCAAUGUCCCUUAUCUCCCAAAUGGAUUCUUCAAUUGAUGGGAAAUUCUCCUACUGCCUUGUUCCAGCUUUUUCACCACUCAACUCUUCAAGCAAAAUGAGCUUUGGUAAUAAUGCUGUGGUUUCUGGUGCCAUGGUGGUUUCUACCCCAUUACUUUCAGGAGACCUAAAAUCUUUCUAUUUCGUAAAGCUGGAAGCAAUGAGUGUGGGACGCAAGAAAUUGCAAUACAACAGUACACUGAUGCCAAUAGCUCCAGGAAGGGGAAAUAUCAUAGUUGAUUCUGGGACUACACUAACAAUGUUACCAAAGGACUUUUACAAUGAGUAA